CGCUGUCGCUUUGUAAAUUUUCACUCGCUUCAAAGCGGUCGGCAUCGCGAAAAGUCCGCAAAAAGAUAAAAUAUAUAGUGAAAUCUUUCUUUGGGAUUUAAAACAAAAACCAGACAAGUGUCAAAAUGGCCCGCGAUAUUCGUUGCUGUAAGGUAUUCACAAUGAAGGGAUCGACGCUGGACAAAAUCUCCGCCUUCCUGGGCGAACUCCUCGGCACCGGCAUCCUGGUCUUCCUGGGCUGCCUGGGUUGCGCCAGCCCGACCACGACCCCCAACAGCCAUCUCCAGAUAGUGCUCAACUUCGGCUUCGCCGUCCUCAUUGCCAUCCAGUGUUUUGGAUGUGUGUCCGGAGCCCAUCUCAAUCCCGCCGUCACGGUGGCGGCCUACAUCUACGAGAUGGUGUCCCUGCGCAUGGCACUGGCCUACUUUGUGGCCCAGAUGCUGGGCGCCUUCAUCGGCUACGGCCUGCUGAUGAUCCUGCUGCCCCAUGAAAGCCUCACCGUGGGCGCCGGCCUCUGCGUGACCUUGCCCCACACCGCCGUGACCACCGGGCAGGCCUUCGGCAUUGAGUUCGUCAUCACCUCCAUCCUGGUCAUCGUCUGCUGCGGCGUCUGGGAUCCCCGCAACUCCAAGUUCCACGACUCGGUGGGCAUCCGCUUCGGCCUGGCCAUCGCCUGUCUUGCCUGCGCUGCCGGCCCCUUCACCGGCGCCAGCAUGAACCCGGCCAGGUCCUUCGCCCCCGCGCUGUGGAACAUGCAUUUAGAGGACAACUGGAUCUACUGGCUGGCCCCCCUCAGCGCCGCCGGCAUCACCGCCUACGCCUACAAGGUCGUCUUCCGCCGCGAGGUGGUGGAGGCGGAGAUCACCUCCAACGAGAAGCUGCGCCACUUGGAGGACGUCCAGCUGUCGUAGGUGCCAAAGACAUCGAUGUGGGAGAGCCUUAACUAAUUUACUUACCAUCUAAGACGCCGAAUUUUAUAAUAAUGCAUUCAUUGUACGCUAAUAUGAAUAGUGUCUUCACAAAGUGUUCAAACAUUACAAAAGCGUUACACUUUUGGAACAGAAACUCACUUGGUGAAUACACUAAUUGCCUUCAGUAAUAAAGAACAUCGAGAUUUGUAAUCUACUCUAAACCAAAA